AUGUUCAUUCUUCAAAACGCGACCGCAGCUUUCGAGGCCCCAGAAAUUUAUGGAGAUGAUACGAUUUUCGAAGGAAAAAGCGUUCCCUUCAUGGCUUUCGUGGUCAUCCUUGCUCUCGUUGGCAUUGUUCUCGGUUUGAAAGGCUGUAAAAUAUGGAUGGAAGAUGUCGAAAUUGCCACUACAGAAGCUACUGUAACUCCUGCUAAACAACCACUGACGGCCAAAAUUAGUGGUUUCAACCCGCUAUACAAAGACCCAUCAAUAGAACAUAUUGUUGGAAGCUCGGUGCCAGAAAAACUACCAUUUUACGAGGAAGAAGAAUUUUACCCUCAAGUCAUAAGAAACUGA